AUGGCAGACAUCUUCAUGGAGGUGGUCACCAUUGUUGGCAAAAAGGGCAAAGCAAGCAGCAUAGUGGGGGUAACAACAGCUGGUUAUGUGGUAGAGGAGAAAGUCACCGGAGUGAUGGCAGAAGCACAGAAGGCUUAUGAGGCGGCGCAGGUGCAGGCUAGGGACAAGGUGGAGCAGCUGCAGCACAUAAUAGAGGAGUUGAAGCAGAAGUAUUCUGGAGAGGAGCAGCGACAGUUGCAGCAGAUAGAACAGAUGGUGCAGCGUGCCCAGGAGGAGCUGCGCACGGGUACCGAAAAGAGCCUGGAGCGCGCCAAGGCGCAAGUGCAGGCUGCCAGCGAGCAGCUGCGGAAGGGGUCUGAACGAACUACAGCAGAGUGGAGGAACGCCAUCGCCAGGGCCACUGGCAGCACCAUACAGGUCCCCAGUGCUGCAAACGAGGGAGAUGGACCGAUUGAAGAGAUGUGGUACGGAUUGCCAGAGGCACCGGACUGGUACAAAUUCGAAGAAGCUGACAGCCCAUCAGAGUUUACCGACGUGGAAGAACGCAUCGUUGGCGGCUCCGAUGGCUUUCCAGGUCAGUUCCCGUACGUGGUAUCCCUGAAGACACCGGACGAGUCCGGGUUCCAGCAUUUCUGCGGGGGCUCCAUUCUGACAGAAGAGUGGAUUCUCACAGCUGCACAUUGCGUCAUCAACCUGAAUGUCUCUGAUUACGUUGUGGUGGCUGGCGAGUAUGACCUGACUGUGGACGAGGGCACUGAGCAGGUUGUGGGAGUCUCCGAGGCGUUCAUCUACCCGUACUUUGCCCAUGGUGGCUUGUACAACGAUACGGCGCUCCUGCGGCUGAACUCUUCGCUGGAGUUCAACGUCAACGUUAGCGCCAUAUCGCUCCCAGAGUACAACUCCACUCCUGAAGCUGGCUCUAACGCGACGAUGAUGGGCUGGGGCAGCACGAGCAACACCAGCCAGCCGACGUGGCCCUCGCGCCUGCAGUGGGCCGUGGUGCCCGUCAUCUCCCUGCAGGAGUGCAUCCCGCUGGCCAGCAACGUGCCCGGCGUCAACCACCUCUGCACCGACGCCCUGCCUGACAAAUCCAUAUGCACGGUCAGUAAUCAGCGCGUAGACCAGCGCGACCCCGGGGGCCCGCUGGUGCAGGACGGGGUCGUCAUCGGCAUCGCCUCGUGGAACCUCAACCCCUGCACCGCCUACCUGUACCCCUCUAUAUUCUGCCAGGUCUCUAACUUCCUCGAUUUCAUCUACGAUGUCAUGUCAUCCGGAAGGUAA